GGGAGAACGAAGGGGACACUGAGGGACGAAGAGCCUUGGGGCCUGCGCUAGGGCGGGAGCGGCGCGGAGUGGAAGGAGAGCGCUCCUUCCUAUGUGCCCUAGAGCGUUGAUUAAGCUUCUGCGGCGUGCAGGACCCUACCCUUGAGCCCGCCGCCCCCAGCCCUUACAGGGUACUCUCGUGCUACGGAGUUGAGAAGUGCGGUCGGUGAAAUGGGAUGUGUAGCGGAAAAGUUGAACUUCCAGGCCCCUGGUGGGUUCUUUCCUGGAAGGACUUACUGAUCUAUGGUAUAAAAAGCCCUUGUCUCUCCCUACCGAUAGUACACAGUCCCAUAAUUGAGAAGGGAGGAAUGUGGGCGAAAAGUCCGAAUUUUAGAUUACUCGAGGCAGCCUUCUGGAAGAACAUUUACUGGGUGCCUACUUUGUGUAAGCCUUACCCCAGGCCUUGGGCCUCGCCCCAUGGGAGUUCUCUGGAGUGUGGGGCUGUAAACAAGGAAGAACUGAACUCUUGGGCUCCGGGUUGACUACUUUCAGGAAGAUACCUUAUUGGGUGGCCGUUGUGUGCAGGGCCCAGGCGACUCGUAUAUUAGUGAGGGAGUUGGGAUUUGUGGUUAAGAAAAAGUAACUCCUGGGCCUUUAGUGAAUCAUUUAUUCGAGGAACAUUUAUUGGAUAUCAGCUGAAAACAGUCAUGUGCUAGGCUGUGUUGUUGUGGAAAUUCACGGUCUAAUAGGAAAGUUGGCCUGGUGGAAGAAGUGCAAUGGGCACAGGGAGAGUUAAGCUCUCAUGGCCUCACUUCCGGGAGGGAGCAUUAUUCAUUCACAGAAUAUCUACUGAGUACCUGCUGUGGGCUAAUCAUUGUUCUUGGUGCUGGAACCACAUCAGUGAUGAAGAGACUAACAUCCCUCCGGGAGCUUAACAUGAGCAACUUUGCAUGCCUGGGUGUAAGCUGAGUUCCACCAGCCCUCUGGCACUAACAGAUGAGUUAAAGACUGAGACAGUGGAGAUUGGAUUCAGAAAAUUAGCAGGGGGUGGGAGGGCAGUCAUUUACUAAAGUGCCUCUGAGCCCCUGCUGUGUAAAGAGGCCUGGGUUGAGCCCACGCAUGUAGAAGGGGAGACAGGGCACAUAGGCGGAGGUUCAGAAGUCAAAAAUCCCUGGCCCGGGUCCGUGGUUUUGUUGGUGACAUCAGCCCCUACAGUGAAUCAGACCUGCCCUGCCUGCAUGCUCAGUCUGGAGAGGAGCACAGACCUCAACCCGGACUCAUGAUAGUUGCUAUGAUAGAGGUGGCACAGGUUACCAUAGGAACCCAAAGGAGGAAGGAGUGGAUGGACAUCACCCUGAGAAUGUAGAGAUGUUGUCAGAAAAGGCUUCACAAAGGAAAUGCUGGGCAGGAGUUUGCUGGACAAGAAGAGGAGAGAACUCUCUUGGCAGAAGGAAUGGCAACCGCAAAGACUUAGGACUCAAAAACAGCAUCUCUGGAGAACUCCAAGUCAUGGUUCUGUCUAACCUUUCUCAAGUACCAGGGUGUUUGUGGUCAGUACUACUUUUACCUCGUUUCACAGGUGACAAAACAGUCUCGGAGGAAAUGCCCAGCACCCUGGGGCAGGGGUCGGCUACAGAACCACAGGUUCAUUGAAGACUGAGGCGUGAGCACUGGAUGCAGGCUUGCCGAUUGACAGAGGCCGGCACUACUCUCCCUCCCCACCAUGGCAGAGGUGGCGGCUGAGGUGGCCGAGGCGGCCGAGAUGCCAACACAGAUGUCACCAGGGGCGAUGGAGACAUCAACACCGAUGUUAGGAGAGGUGACGGAGAUGGCAACAGAGGUGACCGAGAUGACACCUGGGGAGGCCCUCGCCUCCUCCCUUUUCUUCCAGCACCACCAGUUCAUGUGCUCUGAGUGCGGCAGCCUCUACAACACGCUGGAGGAAGUUCUCUCUCACCAGGAGCGGCAUGUGCCUGCUGUCACAGAGGAGGAGGCGCUGGUCACCCAGCAUGCUGGCCUGGAGCCAGAGCUCAUGGCGGGCACCGAGGAUGGGCCUUUCCAGUGUGGGGAGUGCAGCCAGCUCAUCCUGUCCCCUGGUGAGCUCCUGGCCCACCAGGACGCCCACCUCCGGGAGUCUGCAAGCCAGAUCCAGUACCAGUGUGGGGACUGCCAGGAGCUCUUCCCCUCUCCUGAGCUGUGGGUGGCUCAUCGCAAGGCCAGGCACCUUUCUGCUACGGCAGCCGAACCACCGGUGCUGCCCCCUCUGCCUCCCCCGGCACCUCCCCUCCCUGCUCCACCCGAAGUGAAGAUGGAGCCCUACGAGUGUCCCGAAUGUUCCACCCUCUGUGCCACUCCCGAGGAGUUCUUGGAGCAUCAGGGCACCCACUUUGACUCCCUCGAGAAAGAAGAGCGCAAUGGGCUCGAGGAGGAAGAAGAAGAGGAGGAGGAGGAGGAAGACGACGAAGAGACGGAGGAGGAGGAGGAGGUGGUGCCAGAGGUUGGUGAUGACGCCACGGGAGGCGACAGGGCCACAGCCGGCCGGGCCCGGGGCUGUGGGGACUGUCCCCCCCGCUGGACGUCAGCCGAGGCACGCCGGCGACACCGGCGGGCAUCCCGCGGCCCGGCAUCGGCAGCCCACCCCUUCCACUGCGACCAGUGCCAGCGCAGCUUCAGCUCGGCGAACCGGCUGCUGGCUCAUGGGCGGGCGCACGUCGGCGGCACGCACGAGUGUACAACCUGCUCCAAGGUCUUCAAGAAAGCGGCGUCGCUCGAGCAGCACCUGCGGCUGCACCGCGGCGAAGCCCGCUACCUCUGUGUGGACUGCGGCCGCGGCUUUGGCACGGAGCUCACGUUGGUGGCUCACCGGCGGGCACACACCGCCAACCCCUUACAUCGCUGCCGCUGCGGCAAGACGUUCAGCAACAUGACCAAGUUUCUCUACCACCGGCGCACCCACGCGGGCAAGAGCGGGGCGCCCCCCGCGUUGGCGGCCGCCUCCCCGGCUCCGGCCGAGCCCUCGCCGCCGCCGCCACCACCGCCGCCCCCCGCCCCGCCCGCCCAGCUGCCCUGCCCACAGUGCUCCAAGUCCUUCGCCUCGGCUUCCCGGCUCUCCCGGCACCGGCGCGCCGUCCACGGGCCCCCCGAGCGGCGUCACCGCUGCGGAGUGUGCGGCAAGGGCUUCAAGAAGCUGGUCCACGUGCGCAACCACCUGCGGACACACACGGGCGAGCGGCCCUUCCAGUGCCACUCGUGUGGCAAGACCUUUGCUUCUCUGGCCAACCUCAGCCGCCACCAGCUGACCCACACGGGUGCGCGUCCCUACCAGUGCCUGGACUGUGGCAAGCGCUUCACGCAGAGCUCCAACCUGCAGCAGCACCGGAGGCUGCACCUGCGGCCCGUGGCCUUCGCCCGCGCACCCCGCCUCCCCAUCACCGGUCUGUACAACAAGAGCCCCUACUACUGCGGGACCUGCGGCCGCUGGUUCCAUGCCCUGGCAGGCCUGCGACUGCACCAGCGUGUCCACGCCCGAGCCCGGACCCUGACCCUGCAGCCGCCCCGAUCGCCACCUCCUGCCCCGCCCCCACCCCCUGAGCCUCAGCAGACUAUCAUGUGUACGGAGCUGGGGGAGACCAUUGCCAUCAUCGAGACGUCCCAGCCUCUGGCACUUGAGGACACGCUGCAGCUGUGCCAGGCCGCCCUGGGGGCCGGGGAGGCGAGCGGGCUGCUGCAGUUGGACGCGGCCUUCGUGUGACGCAGCCGAAGAGCAGCAAUAAAAGAGUUUGGUUGCCAACAACAAUCGUGAGCACCUCCGGGAGAGAGGGGACCACCCCCUGGCAAGCCACUCUGGCACCUGAUUGGGUGCCAGGAUCCACCCUGGCCUCUUACCCACUGACUCCUCACAACGGCCCUGCCGGGUGUGUCUUGUCACUUUUCUCCGCCUCAGGGUAAACUGAAGCCCUGAGAUGGGACGUGAUCUGUCCCGGGUCCCCCCGGUGCGUUGCAGAGUAGCGUUUGCCGAGGCUCUUUGCUCCGCACCUGUCACCCUGGUGCCCAGCAACGUCAGGUAACCUUUCCUGAGCCCCGACCACAUGCCAGACCUGUGCUGGGCACUGUUGCAUACCUCUGCGGGUUCUCGCUUGUCCCCAAGACUGUCACCUUCCCUGGACCCUGGGCAUACAGGACUUGGCUCUGCCUGGUGGAGAGAGAGGUACUUGACUUCUCUGGGCUUCCUUAAGCUCACUUUUGACAAUAUGGAAGGAAAUCUCUAGGUACCCACAUACUCAGCUGCAGGCUGGGUGAUGCUGGAACCCCGGGAAUGACUCAGACCCAGACCCAGGCUCUACCCCAGGAGACGCUCAGUGGCAGUGGAGUUCACACAAGUACAGAUGGCCUUGCUCUCUGA